AUGGGGGGUAACAAGCGCGGACGAGAAGAAGAAAAGGACGACGAUGAAGAGGAGGAUAGUUUGGCGGUACGCGAGCAAGAAGAAAGACGGAAAGAAGAGCGCGCGGAAUCUGUUUUCGAGGCGCAGAUGCGAAAGAAGGAGGAGGAGUUGAAAGAGGUCAAAGAAGAGCUGAGAAACCUUUCGCCAACGCCGUUGUGGAAGGUUGUCACGGAUAAGCGGUACAAAGAUAUCUUCGAGACACAUAUUUUAUCGAAGUUGAACGACUUGUCUUUCAGAGUGUUUCGAGAGGUGAACACGGAAAGUCGCGACGCGUGUAGACGGUCAAGGAUGAAGUUGCAGGUGACUUAUGAGCUUAUUACUUACAGUGGUAAUCCAGAAGUGGCAGAGAAAGAGAGCAGAAAGCUCGAGGGAAAAGAAGCGCAGUAUUUUUUCUGCAAUCGAGCAGCUGGUAUGGGAAACCUCGCGUUGGUUCGUUGGUUACGAGAAGUGAAAAAGUUUGAUUGGAACGAGUUUACGAUCAACGCAGCAGCUAAACAUGGUCAUCUUCACAUUAGUGUUGCAAAUGCUGCCAAAUCCGGCCAUCUCGAUAUCCUCAAAUACUUGCACGAAAACGGCGCGCCUUGGAAUUCGUUGACUUGCACUUUCGCUCGCGAAAACAACCACCCCGAGUGUUUGCUCUACGCGUUAGAUAACGGGUGUCGAAACGACAAACACGUCCCACAACAACAACAACAACAACAGCAAGCAAACAACGCUCCGUAA